AUGGCAAGCCAGGAACUGCCGGAAGGAGAGCGCCCCAUCCCGGCCUCUGGCGAUGAACGCCUCACAGCUGAGGAGAUGGAUGAGCAGAGGAGGCAGAACGUUGCCUACCAGUACCUGUGCCGGCUGGAGGAAGCCAAGCGCUGGAUGGAGGCCUGCCUGAAGGAGGAUCUUCCUUCCCCAGUGGAGCUAGAGGAAAGCCUCCGGAACGGAGUGCUGCUGGCCAAGCUGGGCCACUGUUUUGCGCCCUCCAUUGUUCCCUUGAAGAAGAUCUAUGAUGUGGAGCAGCUACGGUAUCAGACCUUCUUCCCAGAGACCACGGACAUCUAUGACAAAAAGAACAUGCCCCGGGUGGUCUACUGCAUUCAUGCCCUCAGUCUCUUCCUCUUCCGGCUGGGAUUGGCCCCUCAGAUACAUGAUCUAUAUGGGAAAGUGAAAUUCACAGCUGAGGAACUCAGCAACAUGGCUUCUGAACUGGCCAAAUAUGGCCUCCAGCUGCCUGCCUUCAGCAAGAUCGGGGGCAUCCUGGCCAAUGAGCUCUCUGUGGAUGAGGCUGCAGUACAUGCAGCUGUUCUUGCCAUCAAUGAGGCAGUGGAGCGAGGGGUGGUUGAAGACACACUGGCUGCCUUGCAGAAUCCCAAUGCUCUUCUGGGGAAUGUUCGAGAGCCUCUGGCAGCCAUAUACCAGGAGCUGCUGGCUCAGGCCAAGAUGGAGAAGGCUGCCAAUGCGAGGAACCACUUUUUGCAGGAUGACAGAGAAAGCCAGGACAUCUAUGACCAUUACCUAACUCAGGCUGAAAUCCAGGGCAACAUCAACCACGUCAAUGUACACGGGGCUCUAGAAGUUGUUGAUGAUGCCCUGGAGAGACAGAGCCCUGAGGCCUUGCUUGAGGCCCUUCAAGACCCUGCCUUAGGCCUGCAAGGGGUGAGAAGAGACUUUACUGACUGGUACCUGGAGCAACUGAGCUCAGACAGAGAACAGAAAGCACAGGAGCUGGGCCUGCUGGAGCUUCUGGAAAAGGAGGAGGUCCAGGCUGGUGUGGCUGCAGCCAACAUGAAGGGUGAUCAGGAACAAGCCAUGCUCCAGGCUGUGCGGCGGAUCAACAGAGCCAUCCAGAGGGGAGUGGCAGCUGACACUGUGAAGGAGCUGAUGUGCCCUGAAGCCCAGCUGCCUCCAGUGUACACCUUUGCCUCACAUGUGUACCAGCAGGAGCUGGCAGUGCUCCAGCAGCAGCAGCAGGGGGAGCUUGGCCAGGAGGAGCUCUUCGUGGCUGUGGAGAUGCUGUCAGCCGUGGUCCUGAUUAACCAGGCCCUGGAGGCCAGGGAUGCCACUGGCUUCUGGAGCACUCUGGUGAACCCUGCCACAGGCCUGGCCAACGUGGAAGAAGAAAAUGCUCAGCGUUACUUUGAUGCCCUGGUGAAGCUGCAACGGGUGCAUGGAAUGGACAGGGCCUUCCUGAGCUGGAAUGACCUGCAGGUCGCCGUGAGCCAGGUCAACGCCCAGAUCCAGGAAGAGACCAACCAGGUUCUUGCAGUCAGCCUCAUCAAUGAGGCUCUGGAUCAGGACAGCCCUGAGAAGACUCUGUCUGCCCUGCUGCUUCCUGCAGCUGGCCUGAAUGAUGUCAGCCUCCCUGUCGCCCCUCGGUACCAUCUCCUCCUUGUGGCAGCCAAAAGGCAGAAGGCACAGGUGACAGGGGAUCCUGGAGCUGUGCUGUGGUUGGAGGAGAUCCGCCAGGGAGUGAUCAGAGCCAACCAGGACACAAACACAGCUCAGAGAAUGGCUCUUGGUGUGGCCGCCAUCAAUCAGGCCAUCAAGGAGGGCAAGGCAGCCCAGACAGAGCGGGUAUUGAGGAAUCCCACCGUGGCCCUCCGAGGGAUAGUUCCUGACUGUGCCACCGCCUACCAGCAAGCUCUGGAAGGUGCUAUGGCAAAGAAGCGGCGUCCAGGGGACACAGCUUUCUGGGUUCAACAUGACAUGAAGGAUGGCACUGUCUACUACUUCCAUUUGCAGACCUUCCAGGGAACCUGGGAGCAACCCCCUGGCUGCCACCUCAACACUUCCCACCUGACUUGGGGGGAGAUCCAGUCAGCCAUUACCAAGGUCACUGCUGCCCAUGACCGCCAGCAACUCUGGAAGGCCAACGUUGGCUUUGUUGUCCAGCUCCAGGCCCGUCUCCGUGGCUUCCUCAUUCGGCAGAAGUUUGCUGAACGUUCCCACUUCCUGAGGACCUGGCUCCCAGCAGUCAUCAAGAUCCAGGCUCACUGGCGGGGUUAUAGACAGCGGAAGAUUUACCUGGAGCGGUUGCAGUAUUUAAAAGCAAACCUGGAUGCCAUAAUCAAGAUACAGGCCUUGGCCCGGAUGUGGGCAGCUCGGAGGCGAUACCAGAGGCGUCUGCGCUACUUCCAGAAGAAUGUUAACUCUGUUGUGAAGAUCCAGGCAUUUUUCCGAGCCAGGAAAGCCCGGGAUGACUACAGGAUGUUAGUACACACACCCCAUCCUCCUCUCAGUGUGGUAUGCAGAUUUGCCCACCUCUUGAAUCAAAGUCAGCAGGACUUCUUGGCUGAAGCAGAGCUACUGAAGCUCCAGGAAGAGGUAGUCAGGAAGAUCCGGUCCAAUCAGCAGCUGGAGCAGGACCUCAACCUCAUGGACAUCAAGAUUGGCCUGCUGGUUAAGAACAGGAUCACCCUGCAGGAGGUGGUCUCCCAUUGCAAGAAGCUGACCAAAAAGAAUAAGGAACAGCUGUCGGAUAUGAUGGUUCUGGACAAGCAGAAGGGAUUAAAGUCGCUGAGCAAAGAGAAACGGCAGAAACUAGAGUCAUACCAACACCUCUUCUACCUGCUCCAGACUCAACCCAUCUACCUGGCCAAGCUGAUCUUCCAGAUGCCACAGAACAAAACCACCAAGUUCAUGGAGUCAGUGAUUUUCAGUCUGUACAACUAUGCCUCCAACCGCCGAGAGGCCUACCUCCUGCUCCAGCUGUUCAAGACAGCACUCCAGGAGGAAAUCAAGUUAAAGGUGGAGCAGCCCCAGGACAUGGUCACAGGUAACCCAACAGUGGUGAAACUGGUGGUGAGAUUCUACCGUAAUGGACGGGGACAGAGUGCCCUGCGGGAGAUCCUGGGCAAGGUUAUCCAGGAUAUGCUGGAGGACAAGGUGCUCAGCAUCCACACAGACCCAGUCUACCUCUACAAGAGCUGGAUCAACCAGACAGAGGCCCAGACAGGGCAGCGCAGCCAUCUCCCAUAUGAUGUCACCCCAGAGCAGGCCUUGAGCCACCCCGAGGUCCAAAGACGACUGGACAUCUCCCUGCGUAACCUCCUCACCAUAACUGAUAAGUUCCUUGUAGCCAUCAUCUCAUCUGUGGACCAAAUUCCAUAUGGGAUGCGAUAUGUGGCCAAAGUCCUGAAGACAGCUCUGGCAGAGAAGUUCCCCAAUGCCAUGGAGAGCGAGGUCUAUAAGGUGGUAGGGAACCUCCUGUACUACCGCUUCCUGAACCCAGCUGUGGUGGCACCUGACGCCUUCGACAUUGUGGCCAUGACAGCGGGCGGUGCCCUGGCCGCCCCACAGCGUCACGCCCUUGGGGCUGUGGCUCAGCUCCUGCAGCACGCAGCAGCUGGCAAGGCAUUCUUUGGGGAGAACCGGCACCUACAGGUCCUGAAUGGCUAUCUGGAGGAGACACACCUCAAGUUCAGGAAGUUCAUCUGCAGAGCGUGCCAGGUGCCAGAGCCAGAGGAGCGUUUUGCAAUGGAUGAGUACUCAGACAUGGUGGCUGUAGCCAAACCCAUGGUGUAUAUCACUGUGGGGGAGCUGGUCAACACACACAAGCUGUUGUUGGAGCACCAGGACUGGAUCGCCCCCAAUCAUGACCCCCUGCAUGAGCUCCUGGAGGAACUAGGGGAGCUGCCUACCAUCCCUGACCUCAUUGGAGAGAACAUAGCUACAGAUGGGCACAUGGAUCUGAGCAAACUAGAAGUGUCCCUGACACUCACCAACAAGUUUGAAGGGCUAGAAGCAGACGCUGAUGAUGCCAAUGCCCGGAGCCUGCUUCUGAGCACCAAGCAGAUGCUGGCCGAUAUCAUUCAGUUCCAUCCUGGAGACUCCCUAAAGGAGAUCCUGUCCCUCUCAGCUUCCAGAGAGCAGGAAGUGGCCCACAAGCGGCUGAUGUGCCGACGCCAGGCCUGUGAGGCCCAGAACCCAGAGCCACUGCGACGACACCACUCGCUGACAGCUCACUCCCUCCUGCCACUGGCAGAGAAGCAACGGCGUGUCCUGAGGAACCUGCGCCAACUUGAGGGCCUGGGGUUGGUCAGUGCCAGCAACAGCUACCAGGGGCUAGUGGACGAGCUGGCCAAGGACAUCUGCAACCAGCGCAGGCACCGACAGCGGCGGAAGGUGGAGCUGGUCAAGCUUCAGGCCACAUUACAAGGCCUGAGUGCUAAAACCACCUUCUAUGAGGAGCAGGGAGACUACUACGGGCAGUACAUCCGGGCCUGCCUGGACCACCUGGCCCCCAGCUCCAAGAGUUCUGCAAAGGGGAAGAAGCAGCCAUCUCUUCAUUACACUGCUGCCCAGCUCCUGGAGAAGGGUGUCCUGGUGGAAAUUGAAGAUCUUCCCACCUCUCACUUCAGAAACGUCAUCUUUGACAUCACCCCUGGAGAUGAGGCAGGAAAGUAUGAAGUAAAUGCCAAGUUCCUGGGUGUGGACAUGGAGCGAUUUCAGCUUCAUUAUCAGGACCUCCUGCAGCUCCAGUAUGAGGGUGUGGCUGUCAUGAAGCUCUUCAAUAAGGCCAAGGUCAACGUCAACCUUCUCAUCUUCCUCCUCAACAAGAAGUUCUUGUGGAAGUGACAGAGGCAGUGGAUGCUGCCCAAGUCCCUCUUACCUUGCUGGAUACUCUUUAACACUAACUACUCCGCUUCCCUGCAGACACCUAGAGCUCAGGGCUAGGCAAAGCUCAAGGAUUCUCAUCCCUUCCCCAGCUGGAGGAGUUUGCCUACCUGGCCACAGGCAGUAUCUCUUCUUUUUUUUUUUUUUUUUUUUAAAGAUGACCGGUAAGGGGAUCUUAACCCUUGGUGUUGUCAGCAACACGCUCACCAUUGAGCAACCGGCCAUCCCUAUACAGGAUCCGAACCCGUGGCCUUGGUGUCAUCAGCACCGCACUCUCCCGAGUGAGCCACGGGCCGGCCCUGGCAGUAUCUCUUCUAAUUGGCUAAAGUGGGCCUUGCCCUGAAAUCUGGUUGUGUGGCUUUUACCACAUAUGAUAAACCCCAUGGUUUUCCAGCCAGAUGGUGGGGCACAAACCUAGGGCCUGCACCUUGGCCUGGGAAGGCUAUUGCUCUGUGUCAGUUACUGCCUUCCCAUUGUCACCCCAAUAUUACAAGCACUGCCCCAGCAGCCUGCUUUCUCCUCUACCUUCACUCCGUACACCUCCAAAGCCAGGGCCAGUCUCCCUAUCCCUACCUCCCACUUCAUCAGCAGUGAGUUUCCUGCCCUGCCAAGCCCAGGCCAUUCUGCUACUGUGACGUCGCCACACCCUCCAACCUCUCACUUACACACCCAGGCAAGGGGUGGGGGGUUCAGUGUUUGUUAAUACCCAUGUCACAUUGUGGCACAGUUGUCUUCCAUGGCAGCAUGGCAAGAUGACCUUCCAUUAACCUCCCAUCUCCUUCCCUAGUAAUGGUCUAUUUUAUAUAUAGGUCACUAAGGUAUUUAUUCUCUCUCCCACCCUUAUACUCCAGAUCACUAUACAGCCUUAAUCAUGGUUUUAAUUCUUUCAUCUUUUUUAGCUCAGAGAAAGAGUUUUCAUUUCCCCUAUUCAAAUUAAUAUUCAUGCCAAUCUUUUGUACCUUGUGUUUCAAGUCAGCUUGAAGGGCUGGCUGGUUAGCUUAGCCAGUUAGAGCAUGGUGUUAUAAAGUCAGCAUGGGUCAGGGCAAUAGGGUUCUCACUCAUGUUUAAGAUCUCAUUAUUUUAGCUUCAUAAGAUACAAAGAGCAGUCUUUCCCUUUUCUCUUUCACCUUCGAGACUCUCAUGCCUUAGAGCUGUCUCUUCCAGGCAAUUGCUAUAGAUCUGCAGUCCUGCCUCUGCCACUGUCUCUCUGUUGUUCCCACAUCUACCCAACUUCCUGUCCU